AUGGCGCCCGCCGCCGGGGGCGGCGGCCGCGAGCUGGCGCCGCUCGCCAAGUACAAGCUCGUCUUCCUCGGGGACCAGGGCGUGGGGAAGACGUGCAUCAUCAACCGCUUCGUCUACGACUCCUUCGACAAGAACUACCAGGCGACGAUCGGCAUCGACUUCCUGUCCAAGACCAUGUACCUCGAGGACCGCACGGUGCGCCUCCAGCUCUGGGACACGGCGGGCCAGGAGCGGUUCCGGAGCCUCAUCCCGUCGUACAUCCGCGACUCGUCCGUCGCCGUCGUCGUCUACGACACGACGGCGCGCGCGUCCUUCCUCGACAGCUCCAAGUGGAUCGCCGACGUCCGCGCCGAGCGCGGCGACGACGUCGUCGUCGUCCUGGUAGGGAACAAGACGGACCUCGCCGACCGGCGCCAGGUCUCCGUCGAGGAGGGCGAGGCCAAGGCGCGCGCGGAGCGCAUCCUCUUCGUCGAGACGUCCGCCAAGGCCGGCGUCAACGUCAAGCGCCUCUUCCGCGACGUCGCCGCCGCGCUGCCGGGCGCCGCGGGCGCGCCGCCGCCCGCCGCGGGCCUCGUCGACAUCAAGCUCACCGCGAACCCGAACGGCGCCGGCGACGACGGCGCCGCCAAGUGCGCCUGCUGA